AUGGAGACGAACAACAACGAGCCCAGGAUCAUCGAGCUCAAGCCCAAGGCCAAGGCGGUGGACGCAAUCCUGCAGGCGCCGAAGGAGAUCCCAGCCGUGGAGACGAAGGCGGAGGUUUUGCCGGUGCGAGCCAACUUCCCGGUGGACCACUCGUUCGUCCCUCGAGUCGUCGCCAAGCUGCCUCCGCCCACCAGCGAGCCUCGGCUCACCCUGGACCACACCCUGAUCUCCAAGCCCAGGAUGGACUCGGUGUCCAGCUACGAGAGCUGCAACACGCCCGAGCCCCGCGACAGGUCGGACUCGGACGCCAGCGCUCGAGACAGGACGGGCUCGAGCACCAGCUACGAGAGCGCGCCGCCGCCGGUGCCUGAGGCGCCCCUGCCCUCUGAGUCCGAGUCUGAGCGGAAGAUAUCGCGGUCGUCCUCCGACGCCAGCGACCUGGGGCGUCGGCACGACUCCGAGAGCUCAGAGGACCACGCCCUCACCAUAGCGCCGGUCAUGAAGUUCUCCAUCUCCACGUACAGGUCGCGGGCCGAGGAGACGAGCUACGACAAGAAGAUCACGAAGUCGGAGUCCUUCAGCCAUCUGGCAAGGCCCAAGCUGGACGGCGCGAAAGGCCAGCUGCUGAAGGCCGAGUCCAUGUCGGCACUCACCCGGCCGGAGGAGGCGGAGCACGCCAUCAAGACCAUCCCCGAGGUCAAGGAGGAACCGGUGCCGCCAGAGAAGCCGGUCAUCAUAGAGGCAACGCUGAAGCCGUCGCAGCUGUUCGCCAAGCCGGUGCCGCCGAGCAAGCCGUCGUCCCUCGCGACAAGCCAGCCUCUGGGCCGCAUCAACAGCUUCAGCGACAGGCCGGGCAUCUACCGCACCAGCAGCAUCGAGGGCCGCUUCGUGACGCCCGAUCCCUUCCGCCCCCCUCGCAGGCUGCAGCGGUCAGACAGCCAGGAGCAGCUGGGCCGAGCCAACUCCAUGCACAACCUGGCCACGCCCAACUUCGACCUGAGGAAGGCGCAGUCGUCAUACGACAUCUAUUCUGGAAGCAACGGUAACAGCAGUAACAGCGGAAUGCCGGGGAUGCCGGGGAUGCCUGGAAUGCCGGGCAUGAUGGGAAUGCCCAGCCUGAUGGGCGGCGGCAUGAUGCCCCACGACGCCCGGCUGGCGGACGAGUUCAUGAAACUGCAGCAGGACUUCUUCAAGUGGCAGCAGCAGCUCCUGCAGAACCAGCAUGUGCUGCACAGCCGCGUCGCGCCGCUCGCGUCCAACCCGCCGCAGCUGCAGAGCGUCGGGGUGCUGCGAGACAUCAUGUCCCAGAACCCGAGCGACGGAGGGAACGGCGGCCAGGGCUUGGUGGAGGCGUAUAACCCCGUGAUGGAGCCCUCCCCGGCCCCCGCCCCCGCCCCCGCCCCCGCCCCCGCCGCCCCCAGGGAGAGAAUCAUCACCAUCCGGAUGGAGGGGGCCGACGGCGAGACGGAUGAGGCGAAGAUCCCUUCGCAGCCGGCGCCGAGAAUGCACCAGAGCCAGGUCGUCCACAACAUCACCAAUGACAUGAGCCGCCUCAACACCUCUGCCCAGCCAAGGGUCAACACCGUGCAGUCAAGGAGAUGGGCCGAAGAACCAAACGUGAGCGUGGGGUCGUGGGUGGAGCGCCCGUCCCAGCCCGUGGGCGUUUAUCAGGACCAGGACUACGUCACAUCUGUUCCCCGGUCACAGACUUCCCAGGAUUUCCCACCUUCAGUCGGCCCUGAAGUACAGCAGCAGGCUUUUGCACGUCCAGCUGAAACCAUGAGUCAGGAGAGGAGGCCGUACCAGUCUGCACAGCCUCAACAGCCUCAGUUUAAUCAGCCACAGCAGCUUCACAACCUGUCCCCGCAGCAGCAACAGCAGUUUGCACAGUUUUUGCAACAGCAACAACAACAGGAAAAGCAGCAGCCCCAGUUUAUGCAGCAGCAGCAGCAAAAACAGCAGCCUCAGUUCAUGCAGCCAGUGCAGAGCAAAUUAAUGCCACAGCAGAAGCAGCCGUCUCCGACAUUCAUGCGCCCGCAGCAGCAGAAGCAGCCCUCUCCUCCUCAGAUGCAGCAGCAGAAGCAGCCCUCUCCUCCUCAGAUGCAGCAGCAGAGACAGCCUUCACCAUUCAUGCAGAAUCAACAGCAGAAGCAGCCUUCCCCGCCGUUCAGCCAGGCCCAGCAGCAGAAGCAGCCUUCCCCUCCCCCCAUGUACACUCAGCAGCAGAAGCAGCCUUCCCCUCCCCCCAUGUACACUCAGCAGCAGAAGCAGCCUUCCCCUCCGUUCAUGCAGCAGCAGAAGCAGUCUUCCCCGCAGUACCUGCAGCAGCCAAAGCAGCCUUCCCCGCCCAAGCAGACCCAGCAGGCGGAUGUGCCACAGCCCGAGAGAGCAGCGUUCUGGCGAGAACUGGAGGCCAGGCGCCAGGACUUCGGGCUGCAGAAGGAACCCGAGAGCCCGGAGCCCACACGCCCUCCGCGCCGGAACUCCCGCCAAGACUCUCCUCCGCAGGAUAGUGUAGAGGCCUCGAAACCGCUGACCUACUUUGGACAGCAAGCUGUUGUCCAUGAGCCCCCCCAGACGUAUUACUACAACGGAGAUGGAACUCCUGCCGUGGCCCAACGACCCAGGGAAGCUGAGAAUGAAUCUGGUCCGCGAUACACCUCUGUGGUGACAUUGUCUUCUGACAAAGGCGAAACGGGCAACGGAGCAGCUGCACCUAGAGACAAGGUCCGGUCAGUAGUUCAGCUGAACAACGAUCAGCGUGGCCAGCCCCGACCUGCUCCCGUCGUGCGUGGAUUCCGACAGCCCUCGCAGCCUCAGUCUCGGUCUUCUGUGUCGCCUCCCACGAAUAGCUCGGUUCCGGCUGCUCUGCAGGAACCCAUCCCACAGGCCCCGACGGCUGCAAGACUCGUGGCUGCGCUGUCCCAGCCAGCGCCCAAGGCCCCGUCGCCCUCGCCCAUGGCUUCUGUGGGCCCCACCCGCGUGUCCCCGCCGAGAACGUCGCCCUCUCGUGUGUCUCCUCCUCGCACGUCGCCAUCCCGGGUGAGCCCCCCAUCUGGGCCUGCAUUCCAAAACGUGCAGCUUCGCCCCGUUCCGGGUGGCUCUCGUGGCUCAACUCCUCCGGAAGUAGUGCCACCACCUCCUGCCCCAAUGCCUCCCCCUCCACCACCAGCCCCGAGUAAUCAGGCCGGUGGAAUGCCCCCACCUCCUCCCCCACCUGCACCACCCAUGGCUCCCCCUCCCCCACCUGCACCCACAGCUGGCGACGGAGAGAGGCGAACGGCGACCGGGAAGCGCAUCGUGGCGCCCAAGACGGCCCCGGCACUGGAUCCCCGCGAAGAACUCAUGAUGGCCAUCAGGAACCACGGCGGGGCGCGGAACCUGAAGAAGACCCACAACAUGAUUAAUCACUAAUCUGGAUUUAGCAAAGCUCAAGACAAUGCUGUAUGAUUAACGUGUCCUGCGUCGAUGAAUGAAUAGAUGAGGUCGCAGAGAGAGUUUUUGAAUGUUUUGUUAUUGCAUUUGUGUCUUUAUUAUAUGACUUUGUUGUGCUAUUGUUUAUCGAUAUACAAAAUGUAUCAUUACAAAAAAGGUAUCCAGUACCUUUGUUAAAGGAAUUUUCGUUUAUUCUCCAUAUUGGACUUCUGUAUCUAUGUAUUUCUAGCUUGUGUAGUGCCUUACUCCAGUGAAGCUCAUACCUUAUGGGCUUUGUAUAGUCUUGUACAGUAUAUAUCAUCAUUAUGUAGAUAAUCUAAGCAUGUUGUAAUCUACUGUCUUAUAAAUAACAUGAUCAUAUGCAGUUCUUCAGCUCAUCUUUAUCAAUCAGGAAAUAAUAACACAUUAACAGACAGGUUGAUACCUGCCAGUUUUAAUACUUGUAUGUAAUACUCAGCAAUAUUAUUGGUGCUACCAUCUGCAUAUUUUAUAUACUGCUAAUAUUAUACUCUCGUAUGACAUAAGUGAAAUUUAAUGUAUUUUUUCAGACUAAAAUUUAAAUUCUGUAUGAUGAAUUUCAACCCAAAGGGAAGAGGUUUCCCUUGUAUAUUAUACAGUAUUUUAGGAAGAUGUGCAGAAGCCUUUUAAAUCUGUCAUUCUGUGCUUUCUUUCUGUAGUAACGAAAUGACUAAAAGCUGUUUAUGCAUGAUUUUUCUACAUAUAUGUGUCAUAAAGACGGCCAUAACUUCUCAUAUUUCAUGUUUUCUGAUUAAUAGAUCUAUUAAUGAUAAUACCUUAUGCUUGUGUAUCCUUCCUUAUUGUUAUAUAUACUUUUCUUUUGCUUUUGUAAAUAAUGUAGAAGUAUAUUUUCUCCAAUAAACGUUAAUAUUGGAA